AUGGAUGUUUGUGUCAUUGUUGCAACAGAGACAUCUGCUACUGCCAUGGCACUGAGCUUGCACCAGAGCUGGGAAGCAGCAGGCCAUCCGCACCCCGGCGUCGGCCUUCUUCACGACAGCCAGUCCGAAGUAGCCGACGCUCUACUCGGCUUCUUCUCCGACCCUCCCGACGCCGCUCACCUCCCCAUCGACUACCUCCUCGACCCCCCCGGCGACUGCUUCCUCCACGACGACGCAAUGGCCAAUCCGCUCCCCUGCUUCUCCGCGCCAUCCGCGGUAUCCCUCCCUCCCGGCCUUCAUGCACCGGGCGACGACUUCGAUCUCCUCCACCGCCCUAAGCGACCGCGGAGCUGCAGUGACUUGUACCGACCGUCGGAUCUCACGUUCGAGGCCAGUUCCUGCAAUGUGGCAAGUUGGCCGGCGCCGGAGCUCAUGGCAGAGCUCCUCGUGGCAGCCCCGCCGCCGGCCCGCGGGAUACCUGCGUGCGACGGGGAUAGGAAGUUGGGCGCCGGAUGCUUGUCGGCGCAGACCGUGGCGGCGAGGGCGCGGAGGAAGAGGAUCAGCGAGAAGACGCAAGAGCUGGGGAGGCUGAUUCCCGGCGGGAACAAGAUGAACACGGCGGAGAUGUUCCAAGCGGCGUACAAGUACGUCAAGUUCUUGCAGGCCCAGGUUGGAAUCCUUGGGCUCAUGGGCUCAAUUAAGGGAUGGAAGGCACCGCAAGAGGUGGAGCAGAAGCUUCAAGCUCUACUAGCAUCUACAGCCGUCCAAGAGAAGCUGUCCGGCGAGGGACGGUGCAUCGUGCCGGAGGCGGUGAUCGGAGCCAUCUCCGCAGACCGAGACAUCGAAUCGAACAUGCCAGUCUCAAGAGACCUCGAUCGAUUCAUCGAGUCGAGUAGACAAUUGAACCGGGAUUCAGAGAAUUAG